GUCAAACAGCCAUCAGAAGAAGAGAUCCAGGCGAGCGGAGGGAUCGCGAUCAUGAGCCGCGUCUGACGGAUCGCCCUGCCGCGUUCCCCCCGUUCUGUCGCACACAGCAGCCUCGCCCGUUCUCCCCCAUGAAACACUCUCUCUGGAGCGGCGUGAUCAUGAUGAUGUCGAGCAAGAGCGCGGAAUGGCUUCAGGAUGAGCUGGAGUCCGGCGGGGCGCUUCUGCUGCUCGACUGCCGCACACACGAGCUCUUCGAGUCCGCGCACAUCGAGUCCGCCAUCAACCUGGCCAUCCCGGGGCUCAUGCUGAGGAGACUGAAGAAGGGCAACCUGCCCAUCCGAUCCAUCAUCCCCAACAACGAGGACCAGGAGAAGUUCGUGCGGCGCUGUAAGACGGACACGGUUCUUCUGUACGACGAGGCGACCGCGGACUGGCCGGAGAGCGGCACCUCGGGCUCCGUGAUCGGGCUCCUCAUGCACAAGCUCCGCGACGACGGGUGCAACGCCUAUUACCUGGAAGGAGGAUUUAACAAGUUUCAGACGGAGUACCCGGAGCACUGCGAGACAAGCUUGGACUGUUCGUGUCCCAGCAGUUCUCCGCCCUCCUCCGUUCUGGGUCUGGGUGGACUCCGGAUCAGCUCCGACUGUUCUGACGGGGAGUCGGACCGCGAGCCGGGCAGCGCUACAGAGUCCGAGGGAAGCCCGAUACCCAGUAACCAGCCAGCGUUCCCAGUCCAGAUCUUGCCGUAUCUCUACCUGGGCUGUGCCAAAGACUCCACCAACUUGGACGUUCUGGGCAAGUACAACAUCAAGUACAUCUUGAACGUGACUCCCAACCUGCCCAACAUGUUCGAACACGACGGGGAAUUCAAGUACAAACAGAUUCCCAUCUCGGAUCACUGGAGCCAAAACCUUUCUCAGUUUUUCCCUGAAGCCAUUUCUUUCAUAGAUGAAGCUCGUUCCAAAAAGUGUGGGAUCCUGGUGCACUGCCUGGCGGGCAUCAGCCGCUCGGUGACCGUCACGGUGGCGUAUCUCAUGCAGAAGCUCAACCUGUCGCUCAACGACGCCUACGACUUCGUCAAGCGCAAGAAGUCCAACAUCUCGCCCAACUUCAACUUCAUGGGGCAGCUCCUGGACUUCGAGAGGACGCUGGGCCUCAACAGCCCGUGUGACAACCGAUCGACCAAUGACCAGCUGUUCUUCACCACGCCGACCAAUCACAACCUGUUCCAGCUGGACCCGCUGGAGUCCACAUGAGCCGGCGGGGGGGCCGCGGGUCGGCGGAUGAGUUUAGAGCCGGGGUCGGCACACUCCGCUCCGGCGGAUCUCAGUGCAGCUCUUCUUGCCUUUAUGGAACAGACUGUUGUUUAACGCGCGACACGAGCAGACGCUAGCGGGAGGAAGUGGACGUGCUCGGCCUCUGGGCCCGAAGCCUGGCGUCCUGCCGGCUGGGGUUCCUGUUUUCUGCCCGGACGGGGAUGUAUUGGUGAUCUUUCUCCAAGCUCAGACCCAAGUGGCUUCAAUAGAGGUGCACAAUACACUCAGUUUCCACAUCUGUAUAUUCCCUCGCAGACGUUGUUGAAAGUCGUGACAGAACCGACACAAACACACAUCCCCCUCUUUAUUUCCCUCGCUCUACAUUUGCAAUGACCUAAUGCGUUUUGCACAGUGGUGAAGCCUUUCACUUCUUGGCACUUAAAAGCGGUACUCCACACACACACACACACACACACACACACACACACAGAGCGUUCCUGCCAGUCCUAGGCUGCGACGAGGACGACACACACUUAAAGCUCAUUGUUCAUUAAACCGCGUUUGUGUGUGAGACACGACUCUACGAGGCCUUGGUGAUUCUCAUUACAGUAUAAAUAUAUUGUAUUAAUUUCUGAAGUAUGUGUUCGCUCGAUGUGUUGUGCAUGCGAUCCUCUCGAGCGUUAGCGAGGACUAGCGGAUGAACACGAGUGCUCGAGUUAACAGGGUUGCUUUAAGCUGGCCUUAUAUAACCUUUUUAAUUCUUUCCUACUCUGACUGUUCAAUACUCUUUGUAUCUCACUUUAGAAAUCGUUGUAUUAAAAAGUUCAUUUUUAAAGAAACCGAUACGUAGUAGUAAUAAUAAUAGACGACUAACGGUCUUUAACGGGUCGGUCGAGGUUAUGUUCGUUACUCUGCAAUAUACUCAACAACCCUCUGCAGUAUUUUCUAGAAGAAAUGGCCUGGGGUUUUGACUUGUACUUUUGAGACUAGCGAUCCACGGAGAUUAGCUUGAAGCGAGCAGCGUUUGGCCUGGGCUUCACAGGAAGUGACAUCACACACUGGCUACUGGGUGCACGCUUCCUCCGAUUCGAUUUGCCCCGUAAUAUACACGUGCUGUUUACUGACUCCCGUGGCCUUUUCAUAUAUCUCAAUAUAUAUAUGUAAAUGUAGUAUUAAUCUUGUGCAGAUAUGCAACCACCGUCCCGUUCGUAUGUCGCGGACGACUCGCUCGCGCUCGCGCUGAAAGCCAGUGUCGGCUUCUUUAUCGCCGUUCAUCUUCAAGCUGCUUCUGUGGAGGAGAGUGUGUGUGUGCGUAUGUGGCCAGAACACACUUCCCGUCGCCACGCGCGGUACUGUGGGACGGAGAGGACGGCGCGCAGCGGAUAUGGAAACGUGUCUCUUACCUCACCGAGGAAUUUUUCAGGGAUUUUUAUUUGACAAUGCGUCGGCAUCGUGUGACGGCUUCUAAUGUCAGAGAGCUGUUUUAUAUGUGCUGUAAACAUUUUUUUAAAAGAUACAAUCUAUAUAUAUAUAUAUGUGUGUGUGUGUGUAUAAUACUGGGCUGGGGAACCGGGCAGUUCAACUUUCUGGUUUAUGAAGGAGAUAAAAUUGUCCGUAUGUAUUGUAUAGUAUAUGAAAACCAAUACAAGACUUGUUUGUACUGCAAAUAAAUAUUGAAUUAUUUUUUGGUUA